AUGGCUAUGGAGGUCGCGACCGCCGGAGAGGAGGAAAUUGAUUUCUUGUCCGAUCCGGUCGACAGAUUUCCACUGCUGGAUCUAGACGGAGCAGAACCGCUGUUGAAACAUGGUGCGAACCAAGCGCCAGUGUGCGGGCCUGCUGAAUCCAGCAUUGCUGAAGCGGGAGAUGCCAUAGUAGCCAUGGAAACUGAUCUGAACAGCACUUGCGAAGCAGUAGUGCUGUCUGCAGCAGCUUCAGAGCAGUCUACAGGGAAAGACAACCCUGAAGCCCCUGGCUGGACGACGAGAAUCCGGGUUGGGCAUGUACCUGAGGAAAGACCCCCAUGUGCUUCUAGGAUGAGUGCGCUGGAACUAACACUGCGAAGCUAUGCAGAAAACAAAACUGAAACUGUCAUAGUUCCUGCUGUGGGAAGGAACUUUGAUACACUCGGUGAAGCUUGUGAUUACUACAAUCUAUAUUCAUGGGAGGUUGGGUUUGGAGUAAGAGGCAAAAGCCGACUAAAUGUCGAAAGAACCAAAUGCAUGCAGGAGAUAGUUUGUGGAUGUUCGGUGAGUAGUCAUUUACUGUGA